GCUCACCUGUCUUUAUUAGCGGCGCUCCGAGCAGCAUGGCUGUUCCCUCCGACUCAGGCCUCCGCCGACCCCCUUGGAUAAGUAGCUGCAGCGGCCCGGCACGUGAACUCUGUCUCCGGCUGUCACCAUGGCCAGGACUGGGUUCUGCGACUCCAAGCCUCUGCUGGACUUACACAAGAAGGCGGAUGAGAGGCGAGCCCCGUUAAGACCUUGGGCUAAUGCCUGCGGGCCAAUAGAUCGCUGGCAGCCUGCCGACGCGGAGGAGUCCAGGAUGGCCCCGGUCAAAAUGGAACCACAACGCAGAUGGGAAAGAAGGCUAUCGGCACAAACCAGUGAUGGCAUCAUCAUGGGAUACCAUGACAGCGUUGGGGCAUGCUCACUCGAUGGGUGUGUGGACGAGCCUGUGCUUCUUUACCCUCCUGGGCUGCAGGGUCUUCACAGCCUGCAGGCGCUGGUUCCCAGCUUGGUGCGCCGUGAAGUAGAGAUGGCGCUAGAGAAACUGGACCUCAUCUGGGACCGCACAUACGCCUGGGACAUGUUCUCGGACAUGAUGAGAACUCAAACACGGUAUUCCUUUCCCAACACUGACCUCCCCCGGCAUUUCACUGAUGCAACCCGAGCCAUCCUGGUAGACUGGAUCAUUCAAGUUCAUGAGCUGCUGCAUUUCCAAGAGGAGACCCUCUACCUGUCCAUACACCUUCUCAACCGCUCCCUGCGGCAGAUCAAGGUUACUACGGCCAACUUGCAACUCCUCGGCAUGGUUUCUUUGUUCCUUGCAGCAAAGAAGGAAGAGUGUCUCCUCCCUGAGGUAUCUGGCCUGUGCAACUUGAUGGAUCACACGUACACAAGGCAUCAGCUGCUGCGAAUGGAGCGCAAAGUCCUCUGUGGGCUCAAGUUCGAUCUGUCCUACUGUCCCCCUCUGCAUUUCCUCCUCCUGUUCGCUUCUAUUGCUCGUUGCAGUGCUAUGGUGGUGUGGAUGGCUCGUUAUCUGCUGGAACUGUCUCUGAUGGAAGGCCCGUGUGUGGUGUUUCCACCCGUACAGCUGGCUGGAGCGGCUCUCUGCUUGGCCCGCCAAGUCCUACAGGAGCCUCUGACGACAGAAGGGGAGGCUGCCUGGUGUCUGGUCUCCAGCAUUCAUGUCGGCGGUGAAGCCACUUUGAGGAUCAUGCAUAUUCUAGCCAGCGCUGCUGCCAAGGCCCACACUCGAGAGACCUGCGCUACUUUUAUUAAAUUCUCCUCCCCAGAGACCAUGCAUGUGAGCAGACACCCUGGUCUGAAGAACGCUUCUGGCCUGCUGGGUGUAUGCACCUGACACACCUCAAAUCAACUUUAAUUACACACCUUAGCUUCAGUGUGUCGAAACUAGAGCAGUGUCCUUUUGAGGAGUAUUUUCUUCUGUGGUCUAAGCUUCUAACCAAAGCAUUCUUCUCUAUGGAUCCUGAUCCUGUUAGUGGGUAUGUGGAAGAGGGAUGAGAGAUGUCAUGCAGGACAUCGAUGGACAGUUGCAUGCACUUGCAUCUAUGAUUUUGCCAGCUUUUGUGGCACACCUGUUUUAUGAUCUUAUCUUGCAGCCGAUUUAGAAAAUAUUUGAAUUGUACUGUUGUGUCUUGUCAUUGUGGAGUUUGUGGGCUGUCUAUCAACCUAUUUGAAAAAGUUUUAAUGUAAAAAUAAAGUGUCUGCUGCACAGUGA